GAGGAGCUGAAGAAGACGCAGCCGGCGGAGCAGAGCAAACAUGCCGAGGUCUUUCCUGGUGAAAAGUAAGCGGGCACACAGCUACCAUCAACCCCGACACCUGCACGAUGACUGCGUGGGUCUGGACGCGCUCCUGGCGCACAUCAACGCAGAGGCGAGAUGUCAAGUGGAAGGCAGCCUGGAGGCCGCGCCCACUGACAGACUGUCCCCGGGGCCUCAGCGCCAGUCGCUGGGGUCGCUGGCGUCCAGCUCCCCGCUGAGCGACGGAGCCUGCAGUGACCGAGGUUCGGACUGUGAUUUGUGGACUCCGCCGUCCCCGUCCUGCUAUCCAGACUCAGAAGACGGCAUUCAUCACCCCUUCACCACCGUGGCAGCUUAUGCCUGGACCUCCUACCCCGGUUCUGGCCUGGGGCGUGCGGUCCAGAGUCCGUACCUGCACCUCCCUCCCUGCAGAGGCCAGGGAAGCGGGGCCCCUGCGCUUUACGUGCAGAGGGCCACUGCCGCUGCAGAAGGAUGCUACGCCCCGGUCCAGGUGCCACCGAUGUGCAGGAUCCAGAAGUUUGUGGAGGAGAAAGGUGACCUGAAGGCUGAAGAGGACUUCACGAGCGUGGAUGGCUCCAGCUAUAAAUGCAUCAAGUGUUACAAGGUGUUCUCCACGCCCCACGGCCUGGAGGUGCACGUGAGGCGCUCCCACAGCGGGACUCGUCCCUUCGAGUGCGGGGUUUGCGGCAAAACCUUCGGCCACGCCGUGAGCCUGGACCAGCACGGGGCGGUCCACUCGCAGGAGAGGAGCUUCAGCUGCAGCAUCUGCGGCAAAAGCUUCAAGCGCUCCUCCACGCUGUCCACGCACCUGCUCAUCCACUCGGACACGCGGCCCUACCCGUGCCAGUACUGCGGCAAGAGGUUCCACCAAAAGUCGGACAUGAAAAAGCACACCUUCAUCCACACAGGUGAGAGACGCGCGGCGGCGGCGGCGGCACGGCGACCCCGCCGACUCAAACCCCCCAAAAAACCCCCGCGUCGUGCUUUUGCAGGCGAGAAGCCGCACAAGUGCCAAGUGUGCGGGAAGGCCUUCAGCCAGAGCUCCAACCUGAUCACGCACAGCAGGAAGCACACGGGAUUCAAACCUUUCGGCUGCGAGCUGUGCGGGAAAGGCUUCCAGAGGAAAGUGGACCUGAGGAGGCACAAAGAGACCCAGCACGGACUCAAAUAAUCCACUUCUGCACUUUCACGCACAUCUGGGACUGUUAUUUAUUCAUCACUUUAAUAAACUGUAACGUUUAAUAACCGUCUUUUUGGGUCUUAUCUGAGGAGGGACUGCAUGUGAUUAAUCACCACUGCAGCCACGCACAAUAAUUAUUUUAUUAUUUGGCUUCAGUGGAAGCCCCCGAUGGCACUUUAUGGAUAAAACUGUUACCAAGUUUGGGGCAAAGACAUUACUACAGGGGUGUCCAAACUUUUUCCACUGAGGGCCGCACACUGAAAAAUCAAAACAAGCGGGGGCCAUUUUCAUAUUUCUUAUUUUAAAAACCAAUACAAUAUAUGAAUAAAAAAUAUACAUUCAGGCCUUCACUCAGUUAUGAUCCCGGGGACCCCAAAGGGUUUUGGUCCAAAAAAAAAAAAAAAAAAAAGGUGUAAUUAUUCGGUAUUGUUAUUUUCACUAUUAUUGAAGUUUUAAAUCUUUUUGGGUACUGAUUAAUACGGAGGGCUACCAGUUUGAUACACACUUAAGUAAAUUGCCAGAA